GGCAGAGCAGCUUCCGGUGCGUGUGGAGGAGGUUUGUAAACAAGCGGCCGCGGCCUCCGCUCCCGCCCAGGUACAGGCCCAGGGCCCGGGCCCAGCAGGCGGAGUGGGCGCUGCCGUGAGCUGCCGUGAGCUGCCGGUGAGCUGGGUGCGUGGCCGCAGGUUGGAGCAGAGCUGCCUAAAUUGCGAAACAUGGCUAAUGAAAAUGAAGACUUACAAGUAGUAGAGGAGGAUGAAAAUGAAGAGGAUGAAAAUGGUCUGGAAUAUUUACAGGCUAGAAUUCCACUGUCCAAUUUUCACGAUUGUAUCCCAGAGGAGCGAAGUGGUCACAUAGCUGCAGCACAUGGAAACCAAAUGUACGUCCUUGGCGGAUAUAAGAAUGCUGCAGCUCAAGGCUAUCAUGAUAUCUAUUUGCCACGGGAAGAGCUUUGGAUCUACAACAUGGAAACUGGACAAUGGAAGAAGAAAUAUACAGGGGGUGAUGUACCAAAGUCUAUGUCAGGAAGUUGUGCAACUUGUGUCGAUGGAGUACUUUAUUUAUUUGGAGGGCACCAUGCAAUCGGGAACUCGAAUGAGUUCUAUAUUUUAAAUCUGAGAAACAAAGACAAAGUAUUGCACUGGGAGAGAAUAGAAAACUUCAAAGGAGUGCCACCAACACCCAAGGAUAAGCUAGGCUGCUGGGUGCACAAGAACAAAGUGAUUUUCUUUGGUGGCUAUGGUUACCAACCUCUAGAGAAGUGCCAUGGAUCGUUUGAAUUUGAUGAAUCAUCGUUUUUGAACGCAGGUCGUCCGCGAGGCUGGAACAAUCACGUCCACUUCAUCGAUCUUGAAACUUUCACGUGGAACCAGCCCGUCACCAAGGGAAAGCCCCCUACUCCUCGAGCAGCUCAUGCUUGUGCCACCAUUGGAAACCGCGGCUACGUGUUUGGAGGAAGGUAUCAGGAUGCCAGGACCAACGACCUUCAUUACCUUGAUCUGGAUACGUGGGAAUGGAAUGAAGUGGUCCAGUCACCUGAGCAGAUCCCUGUUGGCCGCUCCUGGCAUUCACUCACUACAAUCUCAAAUGAUCAUCUCUUCUUGUUUGGAGGUUUCACAACUGACAAACAUCCGUUAAGUGAUGCUUGGAUAUACAGUCUGAGCAAGAACGAGUGGUUAAAGGUAGAACACAAUUAUGCAGAUAAGCCAAGGCUCUGGCAUUCUGCGUGUACGAGUGAUGAGGCAGAAGUGAUUGUUUUUGGCGGAUGUGCUAACAAUCUAUUAGGUCGUCAACAGGCAGCUCAUAGUAAUGACAUCCUUAUCUUUUCAGUACAGCCAAAGUCUCUUGGCAGACUUUGCCUGGAAGCAGUAAUCUACUAUAAAGAAAUGCUGGCCAAUAUAUGGGACUGUCUUCCAAAGCAUCUUCUUCUCAAUAUCAAUCAACGAGCUGGAAGCAGUAACACGUCUGGAUCAUGAAUUCUGCUGGUAUAUUCACAUUUGUAUUCAUUGCGGUGUGAUUUAACUCUUGCUUUUUCUAGCAGCCUGAAAGAUGACCAUCAUCCAUGGCCAGAGAAUCAUGACCACUGAUUUUUAUUGGUACCUGUUUUUGAUGGCAGUUAAUGUUGUCAUUUUUCAUACAAACGUGUAAAUAUGCCUUUGCAUAAAGGAAUCUUAGGUUUAUUGUUUGUGCUUUUGAAUAAAUGUGGAGCAAAAGGAAAAUGGUUUACUUUGUGGAAUCAGAAAGGCAACAUUUGCAUGUUCUAUAACCUUCACCUAUAAGGUAUGUCUUACUUAAAUCUGCCACAAUUUGAAAAUUCUAUCUUGUCAUCAUUCGACUCUUAUUUGUGAAUGGAUAUAUUUCCAUGAUAAAAAAGAAAAUCUCAGGACAUUUUUCCUGACAAUUAACAUCUGUGAUUCAACCCAGUUCUCUUAUUUAUAAAUUACCUUUCUUCUUUGCACAUGGGUUUUGUUGGCAAAGCCAACUUGUAUUGCCCAUUUUCUUAAGGUGGUGAGUUACUAUCAAGAUGAUGUAUAUAUAAGCAAUAAAAGUGCUCCCUCGUGUGUGCUGGUAAAUAUGGAGUUUUAAGAUUUUAACCUAAUGAUAAAGAAUUGACAUAGUGUAUGUAAGUGAAGAUUCUGUGUGGCUGGACAGGGGGCUUUCACAUGGGACUGUCCCUGCAGACCUGCCAAUUGGGCAGGUUGAUUAGUCCUGGAUGGUGUAAGCAUUGUGUUGCUUCAUGAUGCUUCAACAUUAAAAUACUGCUGAGCUGUCUAUGUUUACAGUUUCUAGAUGGUGGAAAACUUCCUCCUUUUGAAUAUCCAGCCUCCAUCCUGGUUUUGUAGCUAUCUAAGUGUCACGCCAGGUUUAGAUUUGCAUCCCAAUACUGCCACAAGUCGCUGAUAACCUUUAAAUGUGGACUUGAAGUUGAAUUGUAAUUUAAUUCUAUCGUAAUGUUGGCAAAACUAUUACGGCAUGUAUUGUUAUGUGGAACAUCCAGAGAUACUGUCAGUGAUUCCAUGCUACUCAAUAGGUACAAUGCAUUCAUUCUCCUCUUAAGUCAUUGAAAACUAGUCUUACUCUAUAUUAAAAUAAGAAAAUGCUGCAAAUACAAUGCCUGACGUGCAUCUUAUUUCAGAUUUCUAGCAGUUUGCUUUUUGUGGUUCACUGCAUGAUGUUGCGAUGGAUUGCAUGUGAUGUAAGAAGUUUUGACUACUAUUUGGUAAACUCCUUGGCACUUAAAAAUAAUUUGAAAUAUUCUCACGAUUCACUUUCUUCCUUAAUGAUUGUAUGUUUAAACCUUUACUUUCCUAUUUAAAAAUAAAAAUCACUUUGUCCCUGUU